UGGCUGGUUGCUAAGAGACAAGAGCAUUGUGUCCAUGUUGCCGAGGUGCAGGGAAGACGAUGUUUCAAUGCGUGGACGGCUAAAAACACGAAGAUAGAGAUUGUUUUGUUUCAUUCAUGCAACACACAAAGUUUACUUAGAGUGCCUGCGAGUUAUCCACUGUAAUGGUGAAGUUGAGAGCGAGGUGUCUGCUUGUCGGAGACGCUGCAGUGGGGAAAAGUGCACUGUCCCACAUGUUCCACAGUGAUGGUACUCUGUUCCAGAAGAACUACAGCUUGACAACCGGAGUAGAGCUGCUAAUGAAAUGUGUGAACAUCCCAGAGACCAACGACAGUGUGGAGCUCUACAUCAUAGACUCUGCAGGCAAGCAGACAUUAGUGGAAGCCUGUGAAAAAAUGUGGGGAGAGCUGUCGUUGUUGUGCCUGGUUUUUGACCUGACCAGUGAGCAGUCUUUUGCCAACUGCAGCCACUGGAUAGAGAGAGUUCAUGCACACUGCCAGGGUCUCCACCUUCCAGGUGUCCUGGUAGGCAACAAGUCAGACCUGUCUGCUAGAAGGGAGGUCCAGGCAUCUGUGGCCCAGGAAUGGGCCCAAAGCCAGGGGUUGGAGUACCACGAAACAUCAGCUGUAAGAAAGGAGAGGGAGAACUGCGAUGCGCCACUCCUCAGUCUAGCACGGGCCUUCCACUCUCUCUACCAAGAACGUCGCGAGACUAUCCAGAACCUGAGUCCAGGCUAGACCACCGGCCCUAUUCUCACACAGAGAAACAUUCAGUAAUCAACACAGACAGUUAAAUAAUUUUUAUAGAUAACAUAACAAUAAGCAUAUGAGAUGAUUCAAAGAAUCCCUGUGUUCAUUUGUACUACAGGGUGGUUUGUUCAGGAUGAAAUUUAAUGAAUAAAAGUUUU